AUGGAAAGAUUUUUUAAGAGAAAGUCAUCAUUGGGUAGUUCGGAUAGUGUGGGUAGUUCAAGAACUUCAAGUUCAAGACGAAGUGAGUUAGAUGAGGUUUUGGCUAAUCUUCAAGCAGACUCGGGACUAAGAAUUCGUAUGAUUGAGUAUGAUACUAAUAUUAAAGAUGAGUUUGAUGAAUUUGAUUGGUUGGAGUAUAGUGUAUCUAAAGAUGCUGCAUUUUGUCUUUAUUGCUAUCUCUUUAAAUCCAAUUUUGAACAAGUGGAUAGUGAAGCCUUCACUGGAGCAGAGUUUAAGAAUUGGAAGAAAGGGAGAGAAAGAAUGAAGGUGCAUGUUGGACCGGUUGGUAAUGUUCAUAAUAAAGCUAGAGAAACUGCUACAAAUUUGAUGAAUCAAAAUACACAUAUUGAAAUGGUUGUGAGCAAACACUCCGAACAAGCUCGUGUGGCAUAUCGAAGAUGCUUAAUUGCAUCAAUCAAGUGCACUAAUUUUCUAUUGAGACAAGGUCUUUCUUUUCGUGGAAAUGAUGAAAGUGUCACUUCAAGCAAUAGGAGAAAUUACUUGGAGCUAUUGCAAUUCCUUGCAGACAAUGAUGAGAAAGUUAAAGAAGUUGUGUUGGAAAAUGCUCUGGGGAAUCUCAAGUUAGUAGCUCCAAAGAUUCAAAAAAAUAUUGUCAAUGCAUGUGCGGGGGAAACACUUGAUGUUAUCAUGAGUGGUUUAAAAGAUAGAUUCUUUUCUAUAUUGGUGGAUAAAGCACGUGAUAUUUCUGUGAAAGAGCAAAUGGCUAUGGUGUUGCGUUAUGUGGACGACAAAGGGCAUGUAAUUGAAAGGUUUGUGGGGGUUCAACCUGUUAUCGACAUCGCUUCAACUUCACUGAAUGAUGCCAUUGACAUAUUCUUUUCUUCCAAUGGUUUGAGUUUUUCCAAGUUACGAGGACAAUGUUAUGAUGGAGCUAGCAAUAUGAGAGGUGAGUUGAAUGGCCUUAAAACAAAGAUUUUGAGAGAACAACCUUGUGCAUACUAUGUUCAUUGCUUUGCUCAUCAACUUCAAUUAGCACUUGUUGCCGUAGCAAAGAAGAAUAUUAAUAUUGCCUCUUUCUUCACAACCACUAAUAAUGUGGUUAACCAUGUUGAAGCAUCUUGUAAGCGGCGUGAUGCACUUAGAGCACAACUCCAAGAAGAACUUGUGAUAGCUUUUGAAAAUGAUUGUCUUAUAACGGGGGGAGGUUUGCAUCAAGAAACAAGUCUCAAACGUGCCGAUGACACACGAUGGAGCUCACAUUAUGGUACCAUUAUUAGCAUCAUUUCUAUGUUUUCAUCUGUGAUUCAUGUGUUUCAAAUGAUUAUUGAUGAUAAUCCCAAUGAUAGUGCCGGUGAAGCAAAUAAGAUUCAAAGGGAAAUGCUUACUUUUCAGUUUGUGUUUCACUUAUUCUUAAUGAAAGCUAUAUUGGGACUCACAAAUGAUGUGUCACAAGCAUUGCAAAAGAAAGAUCAAGAAAUUAUUAAUGCAAUGGCUUUGGUGAAAUCAUGCAAGGAAAAACUACAUUGGAUGAGGAAUAAUGGGUUUGAUGCAUUAGUUGAAGAGGUGUCUUCAUUUUGUGACAAACAUCAUAUUGAUGUUCCUAACAUGGAUGAGGCAUUCGUAAUUCCAGGGAGGUCAAUGCAUAAUGCUCCAAUAAAGACAAAUCGUCAUCAUUAUCGUGUGGACUCUUUAUAUAUGUCAUUGAUGAGCAACUUAUGGAGUUAG